AUGGAUAAGGAACGUGGAGGUUUAAACUCAGUAAAGUUUUCAAACACGACACUUCCAGAGAUUAUACCUGAAUCCAGGCUGUUUUCCCAUAACGAAUCACAAAAAUCCUCUGAAUUCUCAUUUAAGGAAAGAAAUCAAAGGCUUUUAUCAACAGAAGAUUUAGCAUCAAAAAGAAAUGAUGUAAAUUCUGCUCCUAAGUUGACUUACAUUCCCAAGGCUCAGAGGCUAAAGAAUUUGGAGGAAACUAAGAAGAAGGAGCAAAAUGAAGCUAUUCGAAAUGAAGAAAGUCUUAAAAGGAAACGAAGAGAACUUUUGGAAAAAUCAGAACGACAGAAAGAAUAUGAACGUCGUGAAGCUCAGAAGAUGAAAGAAGCUGAAAGAAGAAAUGAGGAGCGAGAAAGAAGAAGAGAAAGAGAGGAAAGAGAAAGGAAAGAAAGAUCGCAAAUGCCAAUGAAUAGUGAUUUGGCACACUUGAAUUUACUAAAACUACCAGAGUCAGAGGUGAGGGAAGAGUUGAUAGAGAAGGAACUGGAACAAAUAAGACUUCAUUACUUGGGCCUGAACAAGGAGAAGAAAAAGAUACUAAAGCCCUCUGAGAAGUUUAAAACCAUUUUCAACUUCGAGUGGGACGAAUCUGAGGAUACAACAAAGUUUGAAAAUAAUCCGAUUUACCAGGACAGACCAGAGCCCCAACUACUCUUUGGACGAGGUUUCAGAGCAGGAAUUGACGUUCGAGAGCAAAGGAAGAAGAAUAAUUUCUACGAUCAACUUUCGAAAAAAAGAGCUGAACUACCACAAACGGCUCCAAAAGAACCUGAAUCUACUAUCAAAACAAUUAAAGAUGAGGUUCCCACUAUAUACCAUCAACUAAAUACAAUUAAAUACAUAGAGAGUGAUAUGUUGAGUAAUCAUUGGACUAAGAAGAAGUUGAGUGAGAUGACUGAACGUGACUGGCGCAUAUUCCGUGAGGACUUUGAGAUAUACAUAAAGGGUGGAAGAGUUCCUCCUCCGAUUCGGACUUGGGCCGAGUCUCCACUGCCAUGGGAGCUUUUGGAGGCUAUUAAGAAGGCCGGAUACAUUAAGCCAACGCCAAUACAAAUGCAAGCGAUACCAAUUGCGCUUGAAAUGAGGGACCUGAUUGGAAUCGCAGUUACAGGUUCUGGGAAAACUGCUGCUUUCGUAUUACCAAUGCUCACAUAUGUUAAGAAAUUGCCUCCACUAGAUGAUGAGACUUCACUUGAUGGACCUUACGCACUUAUUCUAGCUCCUUCAAGAGAGUUGGCACUUCAGAUUUAUGAUGAAACUGUUAAAUUUUCAGCCUUUUGUAGUUGUAGAUCAGUUGCUGUAGUUGGAGGUAGAAAUGCCGAAAGUCAAGCUUUUGAACUCAGAAAAGGAUGUGAGAUAAUAAUUGGUACACCAGGCCGUGUGAAGGAUUGUUUGGAUCGAGCCUACACUGUGUUGUCUCAGUGUAAUUACGUAAUUCUGGACGAGGCGGACAGAAUGAUUGAUAUGGGCUUUGAAGACGUUCUUAAGUACAUCCUCGAUUGCAUUCCCUCCACCAACCUCAAAGACAGAGAUGAAUCAAGUGCUCUUGAACAGGAACUAAGUACGAAGGCAGGCCAUAGGAGGUAUAGGAUAACUCAUAUGUUUUCUGCUACUAUGCCUCCAGCAGUUGAAAAGCUCACCAAAAGGUAUUUAAGAGCACCAGCCUUCAUAUCUAUUGGAGAUGUUGGAGGAGGAAAAACAUCAAUUACUCAACAGCUCGACUUUGUCCAGGAAUCCAAGAAGACUAGACACCUCGAGGAAACUCUGGAGACCCUGGAACCACCAAUCAUCAUCUUCGUUAAUCUCAAAAAGAAUACUGACGUCAUUACCAAACAUAUUACCAAAAUUGGUUAUAGGGCUGUUUCAUUACAUGGUGGAAAGACACAAGAAUCUAGAGAGGACGCGUUAAACAAGUUUAAGUCGGGUGCAUAUGAUAUUCUGGUGGCCACUGACGUGGUUGGAAGAGGCUUGGAUGUUGAGGGAAUAAAGGUUGUGAUCAACUAUGAUAUGCCCAAAGACAUACAAACUUAUACUCAUCGAAUAGGUCGUACUGGCCGUGCUGGACUUAAGGGGCUCUCAAUUUCCUUUGUCACGGACGCAGAUGUUGACCUUUUCUAUGACCUCAAACAGCUUUUAAUCUCAACUGACAACAUUGUCCCACUAGAGCUUAGCCAACACCCAGCCUCAAAAGUUAAACCAAAUCAACCACAUCGUAAUAUUACCAAAUGA